AGGAAAGUAAAAGAUGGGAAUGAUAAAAUGAAUAUCCACAAGUAUUCCCCGUUUACUCUUGUGACAUGGCCAAUCUUCCGGAUGUUAGAGUAUCGUAACAAUUACGCCGUUUUGGUGCAACUUCCGUGCCCAAUAUGACUCAUUAGAAUCGAGUCUAUAGGAGAGGGUAACAUCGUCAAAGCGUUCCUUCUUUUGCGUUCCGUCAUCGCUUUGCAGAAUAGUGGUUUCUCCAUACAAAUGAAGCGGCCAAGCGGUAGUAGCACCGGGGAUGUCCCACUACCAUUGGCGUGGAGGCAUGGAACCGUUGAGAGGCGGACACUGAGAUUCUCCGUGUUCUAGAAUGGUCAGUGUCAUUGUCAAGGCUGUUCUAUUGGUGCACUUUCUUCAACUAAUUGCAGAAGUAGCCUGCCAGUCGCCGUGUUCCGAUUACUUCCAGUAUAUUCAGAAUGACACUAAUAAUGAAACGGUUGGACUUAUCCAGAUACGAUCACCGCCUAAAGGAGUAGCCCUGCAAUUGAGUGUCAAAAUGAGCAUAGCCGCUGCAUUGCCCACGAAAUAUGUUGGACGAUUAGAAUUAAAUCAGCCGGCGGGAAGGACGGUUCAAGCAAUUAUGCAGGGCAAGCCCCUGAGGUACAAAAUCUAUUUUCCUCUUCGUGAACCAAUUCCCUCCUUAACCGGUUUGUGGCUCAACAAUCAACUCCUCUGUUCGGCUCCUCGUGGAAAUGGACCAAUUGUUACCAUCAUCACUCUAAAUCACACGCUGUACCCACCUGGAACGUACCCACUUGUAAAUAGAGAAACCACGAAUAUAGAAACAGUACCGCGUCAACCCAUUUCAACAGUUGCUACAACCACGCCGGUAAAUAAACAGGAAAAUAAUCUGGACUGCGGUCGACCGAGUAACUUGAACAAGGUCAACCCUCUAAUUGCUGGAGGUGUAAAAACAAGACCUGGUCAGUGGCCCUGGGUGGCUGCAAUUUUUGUUUCUAAACGCAAUUUUGGAUUCUAUUGCGGGGGAUCGUUGGUGUCGAACAGGCAUGUUAUAACAGCUGCGCACUGUACCAAAUUCGACAAAGCGGAUUUACAUCCCUCGUCAUUUAUGGUAGCUUUGGGACGCUAUCGACUUCGAGACUGGAAUGAGAAAGAUUCGGUGAAUCGAGAAGUAGCAGAGUACAAAGUUCACCCCAAUUAUAACAUGGAUGACAACGCUGAUUCGGAUCUAGCCGUGUUCAUUCUGAAACAGAGGGUAGAAUACAGUGCAGUGAUAAGACCAAUUUGUCUCUGGUCAGGAUCUUCGGAACUGGAGAACGUUGUUGGUAUGAUUGGCAGUGUAGUAGGUUGGGGUCAGGAUGAGCUGGGAAAUCGUUACGUUCAGGAGCCUCGACUAUCGAAGUCACCUAUCAUAUCUCAGGAGGAUUGCCUCAGGAGUAACGACAACUUUAUAACAGUCACCUCGAACCGAACGUUUUGCGCCGGCUUCAGAGAUGGAACUGGACCUUGUAAUGGCGACAGCGGUAGCGGUUUCGUGAUACACGACAUCAUUACAAAUCGUUAUUACCUUCGAGGGGUCGUUUCGAUGUCCCUAGGGACCUACAAUGAGAUUAUGCCUUGCGAUUUAACGCAAUACGUCGUUUACGUAGACGUCGCGAAAUACAUGAACUGGAUACAAACACAGAUGUCUUACGAUAUCAGACGUUGAACAGUUUGCUUUUAAUAUUUUGAACGAUACCAAAUCAAUCAGCGAAUCGUUUAAUUGCAGAUGUUACAGUGGCUUUACUCUUAUUUUGAUUUCUUAAGGUCGUGUUAUAAAGCAAUGUUGAUUUAUUCGUUGCAUUACGUACCAAUGGAUAA